GGCUUCAAUCCCCUACUCCCUAAAAUCGCGUUCAGAAGUCGUGCUUCAAUUCCAAAAUCAUUCCAAGUGUCUGUUCGACGACUGUGAGUCAGCCAUCAACACCAUGUUCCAUCACCGGCAACUUCAAUCCAUCUGCCGCGUCGCCGCCACAAACCCUGGAAUCUUGCACUCUAUCACCACCGUCUCCUCAAUAGGAACCGAAUCCCAACUCCUCAAUUCCUACACCGUCACACCACCAAUCAAACCCUGGCCCCAAAAACUCACCCACAAACGCCUCUGCUCCAUCAUCACCAACCAGCAAAAUCUCGAUCUUGCUCUCCAAAUUUUCCACUAUGCCGGCAAUUACCACCCUAAUUUUCACCACAGUUACGAGACCUACCACGCCAUUAUCCACAAGCUCUCCCGCCAGCGCGCAUUCGAACCCAUAUCCUCCCUUUUGAAUGAAUUGCGAAAUUCGCGAAUCAAAUGCGGCGAAAAUUUAUUUAUCACUCUUAUUCGGUACUACGGUAUUGCCAGUAGACCGAAAGAGGCGAUCAAAAUAUUCCUUCGAAUUAAUGAUUUUGGUGUUAAAAGUUGGGGUGCUUCUGCUGCUAAUAUCUUCACUUCUCCAUCAUCAAUGGAGCCCAACAAGCAGAGGCAUAGUCCAGUUGAUUCUUCAUCAGCUCCGAAACUUGUACUCUACUCUUACUGGCAGAGCUCUUGCUCUUGGCGUGUGCGCUUUGGGUUGAAUCUUAAAGGACUUUCUUAUGAGUACAGAGCUGUCAAUCUUGCGAAAGGGGAACAGUUCACUUCAGAGUUUGGGAAAGUAAAUCCUCUUCGAUACGUCCCAGUUUUGGUUGACGGGGAUGUAGUUGUUUCAGACUCAUAUGCAAUUCUACUGUGUUUAGAAGAGAAGUAUCCUCAGAAACCACUUUUACCGGCUGAUCCUCAACUAAGAGCAAUCAAUCUCCAGGCUGCUAGUAUUGUGUCUUCCAGCAUACAGCCUCUUCACAUGUUAUCGCUGCUGAAGUAUGUCGAGGAAAAAGUGGGUCCUGAAGAGCAACAAGCAUGGGCACAUGUCCAUAUAGAAAAGGGCUUCCUUGCUCUUGAGAAGCUACUAAAAGAUUGUGCCGGCCCAUAUGCUACAGGAGAAGAAGUUUUUUUGGCUGACGUAUUCUUGGCCCCUCAAAUUGCGGUAGCUACAAAGCGGUUUAAUGUCGAUAUGUCCAAGUUCCCGACUCUGCGUACGGUAUACGAGUCGUGCAAUGCAUUGCCUGAAUUCCAAGCUUCUUUGCCUGAUAGACAACCUGAUGCUGUGCAGUGAACUUGCGAACUGAUACAGAGAUGCAAACAUAGAAGUUUUUUGCCUUCAGACAUCCUAUAUCUAUCAGAGUAAACUUGUAUGAAAAUUCCUGCUUCAAAUUGGCAAUGGCAGGUGCUUCCGGAAAUGAUUGUCAUUUAAAGUAUGUAGCCUUGAGAAAGUAAUCUCCCUGAAAUUGUGGAUGCAAAUAUUAAGAUAGACUGAUUGAGAACUAUAUGUUUGAUUUUUUAUAUGAAACAUAUAUAUUUAUUAUAUAUACUAGGAAGUAUGGGCUGCGAUGCACGAGUAUAAAUAUA